GGGUUUGGGGCCACUGGGUCCCCCUCCCUCACAGGUCGGCAUUUGUGCCGCUGGGGACAUGGUGUGGGCUGCAGGCGUGGCGGGUGGCACUGGAGGGACUGCAGGGCUGGCACCGGCCCCUCUUACGGGCUGCUCAUGUGGUUUGGCAGCCUGCCCGGGCUGAGCAGCCAGCGCCGGUGGCCCAGCACGGUGGAGCAAGGCCCCAUGGCCUCAGCAACCGAGCAGGGCAUGGAGGCGGCUGCCAGCCCAGUCGCCUGCUACCGGGAGCUGAGCCAAUUCCCUGUCGUCACCCGCGCUGCCCUGGGGGCCACCACGGGGUUACAGACUUUCCUGCUCUACACCGAGUGCAGCCGGCCCGACCUGCCCCGCCGCCGGCUCCUGCGCUUCAGCCGCCACUACAGCCUGCAGCGAACCGGUGAUGGUGGCCUCGCCGUCAGCCAGACCGCGCUCAGCACCGAGAUUCACCACCAGCUGCUCAGCCAGGACUCGCCCUCGGGGCAGCACCGCGCCGUGCUCAGCCGCUGCCCGCGCCAGGGCCACGAGCUGUUGGAGGUGUGGGGCAGCGGCGGGCGCAGCCACAGCGUGGAUCUCACGGCGCUGGGACAGCAUGGGGAGGUCUACACAGAGAGGCCCUUUGCCUGCCUGGCCUGGUCCCACUCUGAGACGCGGCUGCUGUACGUGGCUGAGAAGAUCCGGCCCAAACCACGGCCCCCCAGCCCCUGGGAUGUGCCAGGAGCAGCCAGGCCCGCCGAGGAGGAUGACAAUGAGGAGGGUGAGCAGUUCGUGUACCACGAGGACUGGGGUGAGGCACUGAGCACCCGCAGCGUGGCUGUCCUCUGUGCCUUGGACAUGGAAGACAGCAGUAUCUCAGUGCUGGAGGGUGUCCCAGAGCACCUCUCCUCUGGCCAGGCCCUGUGGUCGCCAGAAGACCGCGGCGUGGUAUUUGUGGGCUGGUGGCAUGAGCCCUUCCGCCUGGGGCUGAACGCCUGCACCAACAGGAGGUCAGGGAUUUUCCACUUGGACCUGGCCAGUAGGCACUGCGAGCUGCUGUCGUCUGAGCAUGGGGUUGCCUUCUCUCCCCGGCUGAGCCCUGAUGGCCAUCACCUGCUCUACCUGGAGGGGGACCUGGGGGGACCCCACCGGCAGUGCCUGCGCCUGCGCAUGCUCACCUGGCAGACAAGGCAGACUGUGACGGUGCUCGACGUGGUGCAAGAACCCACGGAGGCCUUCACUGGUCUCUACGGGGAUGCCCUGCCACCUCGGUGCUGGGCAGCUGACAGCCGACGAGCCAUACUGGGCACCCCGCAGAAGAGCCGCACGGACCUGCUGCUUGUGGACACGGAGACAGCCACUAUCACCAACCUGACGGCCAGGUCAUCCAAAGGGUGCUGGGAGCUGCUCACUCUUCAGUGGGACCUGCUGGUGGCCACCUGCUCAGCCCCACACUGUCCCCCCAGCCUGGUGGUGGCUGUGCUGCCGCCAGCAGGCCAAGAGCUGCCGCUCAGCUGGGUACCGGUGGAGGACGCCCCAACAGUGCCCGGUGUCACCUGGAAGACUCUGACGGUUCAGCCGCCCUGCAGUGGCGCCCAGGCCUUUGAGGCCCUGCUGAUGAGCCCACCGGAUGGCACUGUGCCACACCCCCUGGUUGUGUGUCCCCACGGUGGCCCCCAUGCCGUCUUUGAUGCCCGCUGGCGCCCAGGCAUGGCUGCGUUGUGCCAGAUGGGCUUUGCUGUGCUCCUGGUGAACUACCGUGGUUCUGUGGGCUUUGGCCAGGCCAGCAUCAGCUCCCUGAUCUCCUGCAUGGGUGAACAGGAUGUGGCGGACACCCAGCUGGCAGUGAAGCAGGCCCUGUGCAGUGAAGCCCUGGAUCCACACCGCCUGGCCCUGCUGGCUGGUUCCCACGGAGCCUUCAUCGCUCUCCACCUCCUCAUCCGUGAGCCAGAGCGGUACAAAGCCUGUGCCCUGCGCAGCCCCGUCUCCAACCUGCCUGCAUUGCUGGGCACCUCUGACAUCCCCGACUGGCGCUACACCUCCCUGGGGCUGCCCUACUCCUUCGAGCGGGUGCCCCAUGCUGAGGAGCUGGCCAUCAUGCUGCUGCGCUCGCCCAUUGCCCAGGCAGCCCAGGUGCGGACGCCGGUGCUGCUGUGUGUGGGCGCCAGGGACCGGCGUGUCAGCCCCACACAAGCACUGGAGCUGUACCGGGUGCUGCGGGCCAAGGGGGUGCCAGUACGGCUGCUGUGGUACCCAGAGGGUGGCCAUGCACUGGCCGGUGUGGAGAUAGAGGCUGAUGUCUUCAGGAACUGUGCUCGCUGGCUCCUCCAGCACCUGGGGCAGCCCCAGCAGGGUGGGAUGGGCCAGCACAGCCCCUAGAACCUGUGGUGGCCUUGUGGUUGUGCAGGCCUAGGGUGACCACUGGCCCCAGAGACUACACCAGGACCAGGGGAUGAAGUGAGCACAGCCAGGGCAGGACAGGAUGUGAGUUGAGGUUUGCUGUUAAAUAAACAUGUGAGAUCCCAGGCAGUGCCAACAU